GUGGAAGGGGAUGAGGCGUACUUCCGUUGUCUCCAGAUCUGGUGGUCUGAGUGAGGGGACAGGGAAGCAGAGCCCUGAGACGAUGGACGGUGCCAUGGGGCUUCAAGCGCUGCUGUGCAUGUACCUGGUGUCCUUCCUCACCCCGCUGGCCGUGCCAGCCCUGGGGUCAGCCACUGGCAAGUCCAGGACCAGCGAGAAGCGGCAGACUGUGGACACAACCGUGGACGGCGUGUUCAUCCAGAGUUUGAAAGUCAACUGCAAAGUCACCUCUCGCUUUGCUCACUAUGUCAUCACCAGCCAAAUGGUGAACACUGCUAACGAAGCCAGGGAAGUGGCCUUCGACGUGGAAAUCCCCAAGACGGCCUUCAUCAGUGACUUCGCCAUCACGGCAGAUAAAAACGCAUUUGUCGGGGACAUAAAGGACAAAGUGACGGCCUGGAAGCAGUACCGGAAAGCUGCCAUCUCAGGGGAGAACGCUGGCCUUGUCAGGGCCUCGGGGAGGAACAUGGAGCAGUUCACCAUCCAAAUGACCAUCAACCCACAGAGCAAGGUCACGUUUCAGCUGACCUACGAGGAGGUGCUGAAGCGAAAGCUCAUGGAGUACGAAAUUGUCAUUAAAGUCAAGCCCAAGCAGCUGGUGCAUCAUUUCGAGAUCGAUGUGGACAUCUUUGAGCCCCAGGGGAUCAGCAAGCUAGAUGCCCAGGCCUCCUUCCUCCCCAAGGAACUGGCAGCCCAAACUAUCAAGAAGUCCUUCUCAGGAAAAAAGGGUCACGUGCUUUUCCACCCCACCGUGAGACAGCAGCAGUCCUGCCCCAAAUGCUCAACAUCGUUGCUGAACGGGGACUUCAGGGUGACCUAUGAUGUCAAUCGUGACAAGCUCUGUGACCUCCUGGUGGCCAAUAACCACUUUGCCCACUUCUUCGCCCCCCAAAACCUGACAAACAUGAAUAAGAACGUGGUUUUCGUGAUCGACAUCAGCAGCUCCAUGGAAGGCCAGAAAGUGAAGCAGACCAAGGAAGCACUCCUUAAAAUCCUGGAUGACAUGCAGCCGGGAGACUACUUUGACCUGGUCCUCUUCGGGUCUCAAGUGCAGUCAUGGAGGGGCUCCCUAGUGCAAGCAUCCCAGGCCAACCUGCAAGCAGCUCGAAGCUUCGUGAAGAGCUUCUCCCUGGCAGGGUCCACAAACCUGAAUGGAGGAUUGCUCCGGGGAAUUGAGAUCCUGAACCGAGCUCAAGGAAGCCUCCCAGAACUCAGCAACCACGCUUCGAUUCUCAUCAUGUUGACAGAUGGGGAGCCCACGGAGGGGGUGACCGACCGUUCCCAAAUCCUCACGAACAUCCGCGACGCCAUCCGGGGCAGGUUCCCGCUCUACAACCUGGGCUUCGGCCACAAUCUGGACUUUAACUUCCUGGAGGUCAUGUCCAUGGAGAACAACGGGCGGGCCCAGAGGAUCUACGAGGACCAUGACGCCACCCAGCAACUGCAGGGUUUCUACAGCCAGGUAGCCAAGCCCCUGCUGGUGGAUGUGGAGCUGCAGUACCCGCAGGAUGCCGUGUCGGCCCUGACCCAGCACCGCCACAAGCAGUACUAUGAAGGCUCGGAGAUCGUAGUGGCCGGGCGCAUCGCGGACCACAAGCUGGGCAGCUUCAAGGCCGACGUGCAGGCCCGCGGGGAGGGGCAAGAAUUCAGGACCACCUGUCUGGUGGAUGAGGACGAGAUGAAGCGGCUGCUCCGGGAGCGCGGCCACAUGCUGGAGAACCACGUGGAGCGCCUCUGGGCCUACCUCACCAUCCAGGAGCUGCUGGCCAAGCGGAUGAAGGUGGAGGGGGAGGAGAAGGCCCGACUGUCAUCCCAGGCGCUGCAGAUGUCGCUGGCCUACCAGUUCGUGACCCCGCUGACCUCUAUGACCAUGAGGGGCAUGACAGACGAGGACGGCCUGAAGCCCACCAUCGACAAGCCUCCGGAGGAUUCUCUGCCCUUGGAGAUGCUGGGACCCAGAAAGACGUUCGUGCUGUCGGCCUCGCAGCCUUCUCCCACUCGCCCCAGCUCCAGCGUCUACCCGCUGCCCGACCAAGUGACUGGCGUGGACACUGAUCCCCACUUCAUCAUCCGCGUGCCCCAGAAAGAGGAGACCCUGUGCUUCAACAUCAACGAGGAGCCCGGUGUGAUCCUCAGCCUGGUGCAGGACCCCGACACAGGCUUCUCAGUGAAUGGGCAGCUCAUUGGCAGCGAGGCCAGAAGCCCUGGGCAACACGAGGGCACAUACUUCGGGCGGCUGGGAUUUGCAAACCCUGCGACAGGCUUCCAGCUGGAAGUUACCCCACAGAACAUCACGCUGAACCCCGGCUCGGGUGGGCCAGUGUUCUCCUGGAGGGACCAGGCUGCACUGCGGCAGGAUGGGGUGGUGGUGACCAUCAAUAAGAAGAGGAACCUGUUGGUGUCUGUGGAUGACAGGGCCACCUUCGAGGUGGUCCUACACCGAGUGUGGAAGGGGAGUGCAGUCCACCAGGAUUUCCUGGGCUUCUAUGUGCUGGAUGGUCAUCGGAUGUCGGCACGGACCCAUGGGCUGCUGGGACAAUUUUUCCACCCCUUCGACGUUGAAGUGUCUGACAUCCACCCAGGCUCUGACCCCACAAAGCCAGAGGCCACCAUGGUGGUGAAGGGUCGCCGGCUGACCGUCACCAGGGGCUCGCAGAAAGACUACAGCAGGAACUUCCGGCAUGGGGUCAGGGUGACCUGCUGGUUCGUCCAUGACAAUGGAGCUGGGCUGAUUGACGGCGUCCACACUGACUACAUCAUGCCGGACAUCUUCUGAGCCCUCUACCACCGUGCCUGGCCUCAACCUGGGGUGGUGGCCCAGAAGAAGGACAGAAUCCUGGCCUGCUGCCCAGGCUCCACCUCCCUGACCACGCUGGUCCCAUGUCAAAGCACCAGAUGACUUCAGUUAAAGAGAGGCUGCAGGUGGCAUGGUGGUUAAGGUGCUGGACUCCCACAUGGCCGACAAUGAAUCGAGUCCCAGACCUGAUGG